UAUCUUACAAGAUUGUUACAUACGUAACAUUUGACCUAUUUUGUUCAGGAUCCCCGCAGCCGCAGCUGGUCCAAGCUCCGGAGACCGAGCAGGAGGAAACUUCCCAGUUCCCAACGUGCCUUCAUGGGUGAAGAUGCUCGUCGGUGUCUUCUUUGCCGCAGUACCUCUUUACAGACAGAUGAGAGCCCUGGAAGAUAAGGUUGAGCAGACGGCAGAAGUAGCAAUUGAGGUGGUCGAAAAAGUGGCUGAGGCAGCUGAGAAAAUUGCUGACGAUGUCUCUGAAGCAUUUCCCGGUAAUGAUAACGUAAAAAAGGCAGCAUCCAGGAUCAAGGCCAUCGCAGAUGAAAUUGAGAAGGACGCGGAGAAAGCCGAGGCCCUAAUCGAGAAGGUCGAUGAGAUAGAGAAAGAGAUGGAUUCCGUAGUGGAUUCUGUAAUUGAGAAGGUCAAGAAGGAGAGAUCAUUGAGAAAGAACUCUGUGAGAGGAGACGAUGGCGAUAGGAAACAGAAGUAACACUUACUACUAGUAGGUGUUAACAGAGUAUCGAGGCAAAAUGCAGAUAUUACUUUGUACUAUUCUUUUCCCUGUUUAAGAUGAUCACGGAUCGGAUUCCCUAUUCCAUUUCAUAGAAACCAAACCAAUAUUGAAGCACAAGGCUACCGCUUAUCCGACUUUGAACUAUUUUCGCAUGUGGUAGCUUUAUUGGACCACUUUUAGCCUCCCAUUAGGGAUGAGAUGGUUAGCUGCAAUGUAUGUUCUUUGAUCAGAAAGCAUCGCAUUGAAUGAUGGUCUUGCAUCCAUCAAAGCCCGCCGAGGAACAGUCUACACCUGUGUACCAAAAACAAUCCAUGACAUUGUAUUAUGUGCUUGAAUUUUAGUUGGGUCUCUAGCCACUCCUUUGGUA